GAGAGCCAGGCCACAUAACUCACGUUGAUAGUCCUUACAUUGUGCCAAGAAGCGAUAAAUCUGCUCUGGGAGACAUGAAUAUGCAGUGGCAGUCAGUCUGGCUUGUUCUUUGCUUGCAUGCCCCCUGAUGCACAGUUUAUUCCUCAGAAAAAUAAAACCAAUGAGCCGCAGCACUAUCUCAUCAACUGCAUGGUAUUAAGCACAAAAAAUGUAGCAGAGCGUUUUUCAGAAUAUGUUUAAUAACUGCAAAUCAUUAAUGUAAAAAAUGCAAUUUGUGCCAUUAGUUAAUUCAAAUUUAGGAUCCAAAAUGUUAUUUUUUGUGAUUUUAAUAUUAUUACAUGAUUCCAAUUAAUCUAUUCAUAUACACGAUUUCAGUCUUUUUAUGGUGCUGGAAGUUUCACUUAUAUAUUUGAGCAUAUAAUACACAAUACACUUGCUGAGAUCUGUACCAAAGCCACAGUUCUGCAUAUCCAACCCAGCCUUUUGCCUCGUUCUCCGCAGCUGUGAGAGAGACGUGAGCAUCUCCCUCUCUCUUUAUGUGCAUUAUGUGCAUAUGUAACCUGCAGUUUGUCUGGUAAGGAAUGAAAAAUGCAAAGUCAGAAAGGCACAAACAGUUACGGGGAAUUACUCAUCGAUGCAGACAGAAUAUUUCAAGUAACUGCGAUAAGAAGCAUGAUUUGUCAAUGGCACAACACUCAGCUGACACUUAUUUCCCUCGUUCAAAUAAUUUAUCCAAUUCACAGCACUGUAGGUAGUUCGGGGGUUUCCUUGUUUUCACACGAGGCAAAUAAAUGAAUUGAAAAUCCUGUCUCGAUGCCAGAAAAAGACGGAAUCUGAAACAAUCCGAGAGAGAUUGAGAGAAACCCUAAAUCUCACGAGAAAAAAAAAUGUGAUAGAAUUAAUGCAUAGCGUAGUAAUAGUGUGUCCAACAUUUGUAAAUGCAAAGAAACAGGUGACUGUUAGGAACCCUGUCACCUCCAUAAAACACUUCUUGGACACAGUUGACAACUAUGCGUAACGACGCGUGCCUCUAGUGGCACCGUGGAAGGAGGGUCGUCAGACGCACGCAGAUGCACAGCUUUCUGCACUACCUUUCCAUCCAGCACAAACUGGGGGAUUUGUAAAAUGAACACUGUGUAACAGAGAUCCCUUUGAGCAGAUCUGGACGUGCUUCGAUGAUCAGCCUCGUGCAAUCACUGUGCGUAACUGGAUAGGAGCGUCGUGGAGCGGGUCCCCCUCUUUGUGUUCUGAACUGAAAUCUUUAGUGGAAUGAAGGACUGGAGUCAUUUAACUCCAACAAGCACUCUGAAUCUCCGAAGUGUGUUGAAAUUCAACAUUUAAAUGCACUCAUCGUGCAACGUUUUUCUCCGCUUGCCAUUCGGACGACAGAAUCAUUCGAGGCGAUCCAAAGUUCCGCAGGCGCAGUUCUCCUCUUCCACAGCGGUGCAGGAGCCCGGCUCGGCUGUUGCCGUGGAACUUGCUUGUAGACAGAUAGUAUCGUCGGUAGGAGGGGAUACAGAGACUCCUGCAGGCUAAUUGUAGCAGCCUGCGUUCGCAGGUGUUUCGCUGAUCCUCCGCGAGGGACUAAACGCUUCAUCCAGAUCGAGUCGCUCUCAGACUUGUGACAAACUGACAAAAAAACAACAACAACAGAAAGCCUGGGAGAAUGUUGCACCAAGUACAAUGAGCGCAGAUUUGUCGCAGACACCAAAAUCCAUACAUGUUCCGUCGAAUUCAGUUUUGAGGAGCAAUUUGUCUUUGGAAUUUUAAAAAAAGUGGAUCCCGCGACUUUAGAACCAUGCGAAAUACUUGGCUGUCUCCCCGGAGUGCGAUUUGGGAAUACUGGACAUCGCUGAUUGCAUGUCUCUUUUGGAUUCACUACUCUUAUGGGAUGCCUCAUGUCAUUCGAAUAGGUGGGAUUUUCGAACAAACUGACGGACCUGUUUCUCUGGUCAGCGCGGAGGAGCUGGCCUUCAAAUUCGCUGUCAAUAACAUUAACAGAAACAGGACUUUGUUGCCAAACACAACGUUAACAUAUGACAUACAGAGGAUUAAUAUCUAUGACAGCUUUGAGGCAUCAAGAAAAGCUUGUGACCAGCUGUCUUUAGGUGUGGUUGCAAUAUUUGGCCCCUCACAUAGCUCAUCAUCAAAUGCUGUGCAGUCCAUCUGCAAUGCACUGGAGGUGCCACACAUCCAGGUGCGGUGGAAACAUCACCCCAUGGACAACAGGGACUCCUUUUAUGCCAAUUUAUACCCGGAUUACUCAUCAUUGAGCUAUGCUAUCCUGGACCUGGUGCAGUUCCUCAAAUGGAAAACAGCCACUGUUGUAUAUGACGACAGCACAGGUCUUAUACGGCUACAGGAGCUGAUAAUGGCCCCAUCAAGGUACAACAUCCGACUAAAGAUCCGCCAGCUUCCUCUUGACUCGCAGGAUACGAGGCCUCUUCUCAAAGAAAUGAAGAGGAGUCGAGAAUUCCGCAUCAUCUUCGACUGCAGCCACCACAUGGCUGCACAGAUCCUGAAACAGGCCCAGACCAUGGGGAUGAUGACAGAGUAUUACCACUAUAUCUUCACCACUCUGGACCUGAUGGCCAUUGACCUGGAGCCGUAUCGCUUCUGCGGUGUCAACAUGACCGGCUUCCGCAUCCUCAAUGUGGAUAAUCCCCAGGUUGCAUCCAUUGUGGAGAAGUGGUCAAUGGAAAGGCAGAUACCACCUAAACCUGACUCAGGCUUGCUGGAGGGCAUCAUGACGACAGAUGCAGCUCUGACCUAUGAUGCGGUCCACAUUGUGUCCGUCUCAUACCAGCAUGCUCCACAGAUGACGGUAAACUCUCUGCAGUGCCACCGCCACAAACCCUGGAGAUUUGGAGGACGCUUCAUGAGUUUCAUCAAAGAGUCCCAUUGGGAUGGUUUGACGGGGAGAUUGUCCUUCAACAAGACGACUGGUCUGCGUACAGACUUCGACCUGGACAUCGUGAGCCUGAAGGAGGACGGACUUGAAAAGGUAGGGAAGUGGAGUGCGUCGGGAGGUCUUAACAUCACAGAAGUGCCGAAGCGAAAAGGGAUGAACAUCACCGAUUCCCUGGCUAACCGCUCCCUCGUCAUCACCACCAUCCUGGAGGAGCCAUACGUCAUGCUUAGGAAGUCUGACAAGGCGCUGGUUGGGAACGACCGUUUUGAAGGAUUCUGCAUCGACUUGCUGAAGGAGCUGGCCAACAUCUUGGGCUUCACCUACGAGAUCCGUCUGGUGCCUGAUGGGAAGUACGGCUCUCAGGACGACAAGGGCCAGUGGAAUGGCAUGAUUAGAGAGCUUAUAGAACAUAGGGCAGACUUGGCCGUGGCUCCUCUCACCAUCACCUACAUGCGUGAAAAGUUCAUCGAUUUCUCCAAGCCCUUCAUGAACACAGGCAUCAGCAUCCUGUAUCGCAAACCCAACAGCACCAACAAUGGCUUCUUCUCCUUCCUGAACCCCAUGACUCCCGACAUAUGGGUCUACAUCCUGUUGGCGUACCUGGGUGUUAGCUGUGUCCUUUUUGUCAUUGCCAGGUUCAGCCCAUAUGAAUGGUACGACGCCCACCCUUGUAAUCCUGGAUCAGACGUGGUGGAGAACAAUUUCACCCUGCUCAACAGCUUCUGGUUCGGAGUCGGCUCCUUAAUGCAACAAGGUUCAGAAUUGAUGCCCAAAGCCCUGUCAACAAGGAUAAUUGGUGGAAUAUGGUGGUUCUUCACACUCAUCAUCAUAUCAUCAUAUACAGCUAAUUUGGCUGCUUUUCUCACUGUGGAGAGAAUGGACUCACCCAUGGACUCAGCUGAUGACAUUGCCAAGCAGACCAAGAUUGAGUAUGGUGUGGUCAAAGAUGGCGCAACCAUGACCUUCUUCAAGAAAUCUAGGGUUUCUACUUUUGAGAAGAUGUGGGCCUUUAUGAGCAGCAGGCCAAGAACGUCACUGGUGAAGUCUAUCGAGGAUGGGAUUCAGAGGGUGCUGAAGUCAGACUAUGCCCUCAUUACGGAGUCCACCACUAUUGAUUACAUCACGAGGAGGAACUGUAACCUGACUCAGGUGGGAGGGCUUAUCGACAGCAAAGGCUACGGCAUCGGCACUCCCCUCGGCUCCCCGUAUAGGGACAAAAUCACCAUAGCAAUCCUCAGCAUCCUGGAGGAUGGGCGCCUGCACAUGUUGAAAGAGAAGUGGUGGAGUGGGAGCAGCUGCUUGGAUGAAGAGCGUCGCGAGACAGGCCCCAUGGGUAUCCAGAACCUGGGUGGUAUAUUUAUUGUGCUGGCAUCUGGCCUAGUGCUGUCUGUUUUUGUGGCAAUUGCUGAAUUCCUCUACAAGCUAAGGAAGACUGCGGAACGUGAGCAGGUCUUUGUGCAGUGCCAUGGUGGACGAGAUCAGACUGUCGUUCACCUGCGAGAGACGGGUGAAGCACAAGCCUCAGCCUCCAGUCAUGGUGAAGACGGAUGCGGUGAUCAACAUGCACGCCUACAACGACCGACGACUCCCAGGAAAGGACAACAUGAGCUGCAGCACUGGGAUGACUCCCGUGUUCCCGUGACAAUGUGUUCCCCACAAGUCAAGAGCCUCCUGAGCAAUGUGUCAGGGGGGAUUCCAGAGACUAGAGACAAUGGCAUAGACGGAAUCACCAGAUAUACCAUUAACCACAGUGACAUCGGGACACUAACUAAACAUGGCCAGCUCAAGAUGGCAGCGUCAGCCACACAGGUAUGACAAUAUUCACCACUGUAAUCCAAACUACAAGAGGUUAAAAAAAAAAUAUAUAUAUAUAUAUAUUUGGGGUGGUUUUGGGGAAAAAAAUAAUCUAUUCCCAAGUGAGGAAAAGGUAUACCCAAAAAAUCUGUUUCGAGUCUGAUGUUUACGUUCGCAGCAAAACAACACAAUUACGAUGUUCACCAAUUCCUCCAUCAGUGAACAGGCCUCAAACAAAAAAAGAGGCUUGGUGAAGAAUGGCAAUAAAUGACAGAUACACCUACAAGGAGGACAAGGAGGUGCAGUUUUCUCUGGCAAUUUGAUGCGUUUUGCCAAAAUUAUGAUAUCAAGUUCUUACCGUUUCCUAUUGAGUUACACACUCCUGAAUUUGCCUUUGACAGCAGAAAAUAAUGUUACCUCAAACAUGUUGUCGAGGCUUGAAUGGUCGUCUCUGAGUUGCAGUCUGUAGGAAUAGCAAGACGUGGAAUGGUACAUUUAAGUUUGUCGUCGUGAUAAGAGAUUAAACAUAUUGUUACACACUAGCAAUCAUAAUCACUGAUGCAAAGCUGAUCGCGGAGACAUCUAUAAUUAAAAACAUCCAUCACGGAACCGAAUCACAUUGUUAUGGGAUUAAAUUAAAUUGAGCUGAAGUACAUUUUUAUGUCAAACAUUUUGUUCAUGAUUGUGUUUUAAUCAUUUAAAAUAUGGAUUGCCAAAGAUCUGACCGUUCUAAAGAACUACAUACAGAGAAGUACGGGCCUGUUCAGUAAGCCUUUCAGUACAAGGCACUUGGUUUAAAUGGGACCGUUAAGGAAUAUUUCUAUAAUAGAUUUUUUCCCCAACCGUGCAGGGUAACAUAAAUCCAAAGUAAAUCAUAUUUGAAACACAGAUGUGACGUUGCAUUCGUUCCAAACCUUAGAAUAAGGUUAUCAACACUGCAAUGUAAACAACCAUUAUAUAUAUAUAAAAAAAAAGGAUCAUCAUUGAAUUAUUGAACAUUCAAAAGGACCUAUUUCCACAGUUUGUUCUCACGUUUAAGGAAACGUAGCAUGACUGAAAUGGUAUGUAUUGACAGUAGGAAUGAGAACAGGCGUUUCUGUUUCACAUACACCUUAGUUCAGUAAAGUCACAGAGACAAAAGGUAAGAAACUGUGACCUCAAAGCUAAAGUGCAUUUCUUCAGUGCAUUUAAUCAUGACGUCUUCAUCACCAUUCAAGUAUGUCCUGGUCGUCUUUCAUUUGUAGCCACAGGACCACCGGAUGUCCCAAGUACUUCUGAAUUUGCAGUUUCAGGUAUGAUCUCCAGGAGUUUUGUUGGGGGAAAAAAACAACAGGGGUUUGGUUUUAAAUGAGAGAGGAGAUAUUUUGAUGGUUUUUCUUUUCCUGUCCGUUUUCUUUAAUCGCCUGAUGUGGACUGCGUAAACCCAUACAUGUUGUGCGUGAAUAUGCCGAAAGACAAUGUGGUGAAUAGACAGAAGACGGUUUCCGUGUGUUCAUGUUGACUUUUACGCCUAUAUCGAGGAAGUGUACAUCUUCAGGAGGCGCCGCGCCGAAGGAAGAUUCGAGGAGUCAGUGAAAGUGCCAUCAUCCCGGAAGCUGAAAGAACAGCAAACCUCUGUGAGGUUUAUGUUGUCGAUACGUGGGAAAUAAAAGACAUCGUAACAAUCUAUGAUUUAAGAAAGCUCCAAUCUGUAAAGUUUAGCGUUGGUUUGGUAGAGAUACACUGUAUAAUUGUUUAUCGAUUCUCUUCUGCAAAGUAGAGUAUGUAGAUAAGAUCUGCAGGAGAAAAUGUAUUUUGCUAAAUUUAUACUGUUAUAAAUGAAUUCUGUUCACAGUCAAAUGUUCUAGAUGCUAUUUAUGUCAUUAGAGAGGUCACUUUAACCUACUUCCUCACUUUACCCCCAGUUCCACAGCCCCAGACCUUGUUUAUUUAUUUAAUGGAAAUGCAUUAUAGUAUGGUAUAUUGGAUUACUAUCAUCCAGAUGGGAAAUUGUAUGUAAAUCUUUUAUGAUGGCUAAUAUAUUUCUACGAGUUGAACAUGAAAUGGAAAUGUUGAGUGUCUCCAGGAACUUGGGGGACACUCUCUCAGAACUUCAUGAAAUCCCGAUUACAACCUGGUCUCAAGUAUGGCCGCAGCCGAUACGUGGUUAUACUAUAUUACUGUUACCCUCAUGUGUACUGUAGCUUAUCACGCAAGUGGAGACUCAAGGUCGCUUGCAUUUCACUUCUAUAAUAUGUGAAAAUAAUUGAAAACGUCAUCAUAUUCUAAAUUAGCUGGAAUCUCAACACAACACAGGGUUUCUGAUUUGGCGGAUUCAGUCAGUUUGGUUACUGAGUAUAUUCAUCUUUUUUAUAAAUCAAUGUGAAUAAUAAUGUCAUUUUACACAAAAUUGUAUGAAAUGUGAGAGAAAAGUAACGCAAAAUGUAAGCUACAUAACAUGUGUUCCAUUAGCAGUGUGUGAUAUGAGUUUUGGUUUUCCAGACGGUAUGCCUUUUAACGUAUACCUUUCUUUUUGAGUUGUAAAGCUUCUAUCGUUUGGCAGAAAACCUCUCAAACAAUACGAUAAAAAUGUUGGUGCCAACCAGGGUUUUCUUUGUGGACAUGCAGAAUUUCUAUGAAUAUAGUUUUUGUAAGGUUUUGUAAGAAAAAAAAGAGAAAAAAAAAUGAUUUUGUUUUCCUAGUUAACUGUAUGUGUUAAGAGAACAUUAGAGUAACCGACAUCGGAGUAAAACAUGGGGAAAAUCAACAAAGUACUAUAGAAAAGCUAUUGGAUUAUUUUCUUUUUAACACACUGUGAAUAAUUCAAUUGUACAGUUUGCUGUAUGGGUUAUAUGAAGUUUUAAAUAAAAAAAUACAAACUUUUA